AAGGAGACGAGAAUAUUUUCAAGACUAGGUUCAAUUCAGACUUUGUUCCUAAGAUAAAUGCUAAUGCAUUUAAAAGGGAAUUUUAAAACCUUACUAACCAACUGGAAUUAAAUUGCUGUGGCUCAGAGGCUUUUGUUGCUGUCGGUCCCUGCAAAUGGACGUUCAGUGCCCAUGGGCAAAUGGAGGAACAGAGCUGAACUGGGGGCUUUGCGACUGGGAAUGAUGCAAAGGCUGAGCUCACUGCAGAGGCUGCAUGGAAAAGCAGAGAGGAGAAAGUGGGUUUGGUUUGCUUGUCUGAAAACUGAGCUUUUUCGGGUAGUUGUACAAGAUUGACGAGUUUCACGUGUCCGUUCUUCUGCCCGGAUUGACGCGCGCGAGCUUCUAGCCGAUGCUGGGGGCGUUCACCGGCAGCCUGAGGAAACGCAGGCGACUUCUGUUUUCGGAGCCUGCCCUGCGCUCACUGUGCCACGCGCCGAGAUGACUGCGAGCUCUGCGUGGCGCGGCCCUACUCUGCUGCUGCUGCUCUUCUCCCCAGCCCUGUGGGCAGUGGAGAUUUCCUGCAGGAACGAAGACGGGGAGGCAGUGGACUGGUUUGCUGUGUACAAGCUGCCAAAGCACACCAAAGGAGAUGGCACAGGGCUGGGCCUGGAGUACCUGUACAUGGACAGCCUAGCGCAGCAGUGGCAGCCUGGCAGGUACCUUGUCAACAUGACACAGAGUGCUCUGGGACAGACACUGGGGCAGCUCUACAAAGCAUACGAGUCCAAGAGGAACAACACUGUGUAUGCAAUCUAUAACGAUGAGGUCCCUCAUUCAGGCUCCAUCAGCUGUAAAAAAGGACACACCAAAGGGUUUCUGCUCUUGGACAAAUCACAAGGCUUCUGGGUGAUCCACAGCGUGCCCUUGUUCCCCCCCUUUCCCGAAGAUGGCUAUGGUUACCCAGCCAGUGGGGAGUUCUACGGACAGACAGCCAUGUGCAUAACCUUCACAUAUGAGCAGUUCAUAGAAAUAGACCAACAGAUGCUGAGCUCUAAUCCAGAAAUCUACAGCUGCUCCCUCCCUGAUACCUUCCAAGCCGAUCUCCCAAACCUUCAAAAGCUUUGUGCAGGCUCCAGGCUGCCCUCAGGCCCCCUGCGCCGCCUCUCCAAGCUGCAGUCAGCACGUGGGGAAGCCUUUCUCCACUUUGCAAAGUCUAAUUCUUUUGUGGAUGAUAUCUACGUGGCCUGGGUGGCUCAGGAGCUGAAGACUGAUUUGUUGGCUGAAUCCUGGCAGCACUCUGGCCAAAAGCUUCCCUCAAACUGCUCUCUCCAGUACUAUGUCUACAACGUAAAUCUCAUAGGGACGCCACUGAAUUCCACCUUCCAUUCGAUCCAGGAUCACUCCAAAUGGUCUGUUUCAAUGAAGGAUGAAGUUCAGUGGACCUGCAUUGGAGACCUAAACCGUGCUGUUGAGCAAGCUUGGAGGAGUGGUGGGUUCAUCUGUACACAGAACAAACACAUCUACAAUGCUUUUAGACAUUUGGUGAUCCACUACGAAAGUUGCAAUUAUGCUUCCACGUGGAUAUAAAUAGACUGUUCCUCCCAAACAGCAUAGCCCCUCGUUACAUAAAAUGUGUGGGAAAUAUCUCCCUUAAAUUAUAUUUUCUCUCUGGAAAAAAAAAAAUGGCCCUGUGAGUUACCAAAUGCGCUAGACUUUCACUUCAUUAGCUACAAAAGCAGGCAUUUUAUGGGUAAAACAUGGCUGUUUUUUCCCUGCACUGUGACACUGAAGCAAAGCAUGCUGCUGCCAGCAGUGCUUCACAGGGGACGUCAGUGAGAAAUGCUGGACAGGGGAUGUGAGGAAAAAUGAAAACUUGCUGUGCUAUGUAGGCUGUCUGGGAUGGGCUGUUGACAGGAGAAAAGUACCCCAAAAUGCUUCAAAAUCACCGCCUGUUCCAGGUUCUGUUGAGAUCAGAUCAUGGCUGCUGAGGCUGGGCUGAAUUUCUUAAAAGUCAGGCGUAAUUGGAUGCAGACAGGAAGACAAGUAGUCUGGGGACAAGAAGGCUUCAUUUUUAUGAUUAAUUUUUGGAGAAGAAAUCAGCUUUGAAUCAUUUGUUACCAACAGCUUGGGAAUGUUUCUAGUGCUUUUAUUCAUGUGCAGCAAUCAUAUAAACCAAUAAACACGUCCAAAAAAUGAAUGAAUAAAAUAAAUUAAGAGAGAAGAUGUUCUUUUUAUGGUCUCUCUCUUCCAUCUAUAGCUAUUUGUGAUUGGUUAUACGGUUUUAUAGCUGCCAAAGGAAAAAUUGAGAAAAUUAGGGGGAAAAAAAGAGAGAGAAGAAAAUAUUUGAACAUGUUAUUUCAUCUACAUUUUCACACUGCAGAUUAUGUGGCUGUUAAUUUUUGAUACCUCUGUUCUCAGGCCUAGCAUUUGAAGUUUGCAUAGAUUUGCUAUAAAGACAAAGCAAACUUGCAAACUUGCAGUAGCAUUUUUUGAAUCAAUUUUUAAUAUGUUCUUAGGUACAUUUAUAGGAUUAUAUCUCACUUUUUUUUUUUUUUUUCCUGAAUUGCUAUAAACUUAUGUUUGAAGGUUUGCCUGCCCUGCUAAUAUUUCUGUUUUGCUGUGUUUGUAGUCCAUACCCCUGACUGUAUACAAGUGUCAAAUAGCUAUCAAGAAGUACUCUAUGACCACAAGAAUUUACUGAAGACUUCCUUCCCUUUCCAUCCUGAAAAAAUCAAUCAAUCAACAAAGUGUUCAAAGUACCAAAUAAAUGAAUGUCAUAUCACAUUUGAGUGUACUUCUUGAAGAAAUAAAACUACUGUAUCUGGCCUGGUUAAUGGGAGAACUGUGCAAAACUGGAUUGUAUGUUUAGUCAACCUGGGUUGAAGAUAAAGCUGACUCUCAUAGCUCAAUGAAAAUAAUGUAAAUAGUUUAGAUGUUUUGCACGAAAUGGACUUUUUUCUUUAUCUCUACAUAUGAGCAAAAAGUUUUACAAAUAAUGUUAAGUAACGUUUUUCCUCUGAAGCUUGUCAAAUUAUUUUAUGUGCAUGCUUUCCAUUGUUUCACCAGCUGUGGUCAAGUAAUAACUAUUUGUGGCUGUGAAAAUUGCCUGUUAGACAGCAGUGAGUGCUGGGACAGUAGGGUUUGGCUUCGAUAAGCCAAGAUAAAAUUUGUCUUGUCCAUUUUUUCAUGGCAGACACUGACCCAACUGGCCUGACCUCUUGCAUCUUACCCACAGCAUCACAUGUUCGUGUACAGGACACGUACUGGAACAACAAGGAGACCUUCACUGGAAUCAGCUCAGGUGAGGUGCUCCAUGGUACACCAGAGGGCUCUGGGAUCUGCUCCACCACCUGUAUUUCCUAUGGGAGAUGCUCAGCCACAAUGUUUAACUCACAGAGCUCAACAGCAUGGAGUCUUCAUCCCAAUGCUGACACAGUGGUGUGUCACAGUCCUGCUCCCCAGACCUGUCCCUUGACUUGUGCUCCAGAUUGAUUGCCUCCCUGUCAGCAUCUACUAAAGAGGCGUAAACAGUAGUGGGAAGAUGGAAAGAAGCCCUGUACCCUACACUGCCUAACUUUACCUGCUGAGCCCUCUGUGCCCGUGGAGGAGAGCAUGCAGCACAGCCCCUGGGAAGGGACCUGGUGAGCCACACUGCAGCUGCAGAAGGGCAGAAGAGAUGGAUACAGCAUGGAGAGAGCAGAAGGCUCUUCUCCUUCUGGAAUCCCCAUGUCUCAUCCCCUUGUUGCACAGGAACCUGCCCUCCUCUUUUCUGCCAAAUAACAUGGAGUACCAGAGAAAUCAGAAUGAGAGAACUCAGAGGAAAACUCAGAAGAGUGAAGAGGACAACAGAAGGUAUAACCUCCACAGGCUGAGCCACAGAGAGAAAAAAAAUGAGAAGCACACACUGAAGUGACUUAGCCAAGUAUUAAAAACCAAACAAAUCCUAUCACCUGGAGAGGAAGCAGCUCCCUGUUUGUUACCAAACUUCCAAGAGGAAGCUACAAUUAAGAUUUAAAAACCAAUAAAAACGCAGUGAAGAUGGAGGUGCAGAACAUUUACAAGAUUAACUGCAGACCGUUUCAUUAUGGAGUGUGACACUAUAACUUAAUUCAUUCUCAUGGAAUUCAGAUAACUGCAGGCAAAAAAGGCAAAAGCUUUAAUAAAGGAAUAGUUCUACUGCAACAAAGGAAAUGAGCAAGAAGAGAGAUGAGGACACAUCCUAAGUCCACUAAUGGCGGUGGGAAUUUGCCUUCAUCUUCAGUGGGAACAUAUUUUCAAAGACAUGGGAAUCAUCCAUACAAACGGGAGGAUAAAAUCUGAACCUUCCGUGGUCUAUGACACAAACCAGAAGAUGGCCCCGGCACAGUGGAAACGUGCCCAGCAGGAGUUUCACAGCCAGGCUUGACCACAGUCCUAUGUGGGGUGCCGGCUGCUGGGAUGCACGUCAUCACAGCCGCAGGCACAGGCAGUGUCUGUGGUAGAGCCCUCCCUGAGGCCGGGCCAGGCAGGAACCAGGCAGAGAUGCAUCCCUCUGGUGAACACUGACCCUCUUGCUGAUUAUGGGUUUACCUUCAAUGCCCUACAUUUGGGAAGAGGAGCAGCGUGGACAGCAGGAAUCUUCCCCAGGGAGAUUCAAAAUCUUCUUCAAGGGCCAAGAACUCUUCCUGGGUACAUGCUGCCUGCUGAAUGGCGCAAAAAGCCAAAGCAGGAAAGUCCAGAUGAAGGAACCUCAUGAUCUCAAGCACCUUUUCUUUUGGUACUGGCACUACACAGCAAAGUAGACAUUAAAAUAACAGAGUUGCCACUCUUCUGCUAGCAGAAGCAUUCAUCUCCCUCUCAUCCCUUUGAUCUACUCCUUCUUCCACUCCCAGGAUUGCGCUACGUCAACUCUCUGUGUGAUAGUGUGCACACCAGGACCUUGUUGUACUCUUGAAGAAUUUUCUAAGUUUGUGAGACCAGUUCUCAGGAGCUCUUUAGCAAAGUUCUUAUGUUGCCAGCAUCAUUCCCUCAGAAGAAACUGGUAAAAAGG